CUAGCACAAACAGGGAGACCAGCCAUGGCGGAAGAACAGUCGAAGGACGCGAAGAAGCGAACGGUGGAUUCGUUAGGAUGGCUGACGGAAUCCUCCAUCAUGCCCCGCAAGCAACGCGCCAUUGAAGGCGUCGGAGCUUCUUCCAUCCUCGAGCUCAAAGCCCAGCUCUACAGGUCCCAGGAGGAGUCCAAGCGCAACCCAAAGGAGCACGUACACGCCGCCGAUCACAACUACGCUCAUCAUCUAGAGGUCCAGCGCGCCAAGAAGAAGAUCGCCGCACACGAUUCCUUCUCCACCAAGAACUCCGGCGUCGAUUCCCGUGCCGCCAAGGACAAGCUUGAGCUAAAAGCUGUUCAGGAUGGAUCAGCAAGCUAUGCAGCAUUGGAGAGAAAAGCAGAAUUAUAUAAUAAACUGGUGAGAGGAGAAUUGUCUGAUGAAGAAGAUCAGGAGAAGUACUGUGUUGACUUUUUCAGGAAGGGUCUAGAGCAGAACGAGUCUCACGUGCCUCAAGAAACUGAUCCCUUUACACCACAAUCUCAAGACGUAGUUGGGGAAAAUGAUUUGUUGGUAAACAGUACAAAAGCUGCUGCAGGUCUUGGACGAGCAUCGGCCACGGUGGACAGAAGUCAACAUAAGCAUUUUGUAAUGCAGGUUCAUGAAGAAGCAAAUCAAGCUAGGGAAAAAGUGUCCGAGCUCAAAAUGCGCAGACAAGAGCAAGCUGCUGCUCGGAGGGAAAAAUUGAAGCAGGCCUACCUCCAAAAGCAACUUGAGAAGUUGAAGGCAACUAAAGCUGAGCAGACCUGAGUUGCAGGCGCUCAUUGAGUGUAAAGUUAUGUAAAAUCAGGUUAAGAAGCUUUGGCAAAUUAAUUUACUGAGUCUGCAAGUCGGCCGAGUCGGACUACUGAGUCUCCACUCUCCAGGGCCGGAUUAGGACCAAAAAGUUGUGCUUUGACUGCUACGAGGAUUUUAAUUUUUAAGCCUUUUUUUGUUAGGGUAGGAUAUUUGUAUCUCCAAAACAAUUUUUUUGUAGGGCAUUGCUCAGCAGCCGAAGAAAAAUUUCGAACUUUAUAUUGUCUCUUUUUUUUUUUCCCCUGUAACCAAAAUUUGGUUGGUUGUGCAUAUUGUAAACAAUGCAUACUAUUUAUAGUUUGGAAAUAGAUAAAAUGAAGUACUGCUUUCAUAAAAACCCUAUUUUUUGACUUA